CCUAUCAAGUGGCUUCCUUUGGAGAAGACGUUCAUUUGUGUCAGCGGUUUAGUUCGAAUGGAGAAGUAAGCGCGGGAAGAAGAGAACGUUUGAUCACAUUUAAUUCGGCCAUCGUCAUGGACGUGCAAGUUCAAAUGAUUGAUAAUUUACUUGCUCGAUACAAGUGCAAUGCAAAUGAAACGGUGUGCUUCAAGCUCGUAACAAGUGAAAAAGAUGUCUUUGAUAAGGGAAGACAGUUCCAUCCAGCAUUCUCUCAUCAGUUCUUUGGAGACAGUGAAACAAUCUUUGGAUAUUGUGGAUUAGAAGUUCAGCUCUAUUAUCAUGCUGGGACUCUGUUGACAUAUCUUGGGCUUACUUAUGAGUCAAACAUCAAUGGGAAAGUCGCCGAUGGAAUUGAGGCUGAUCCUGUUGUUCAGAUAAUUGGAGAACAGUUUCCAGGAGGUUUUUUGACAAACAAAGAUGAAUUCAUUGCUAAGUUACCUGAGCAGUCCAGUUUUGUUCCUAUGGGGGAACUGAUCCAUUCCUAUCAGCGCAUGGGUAAAGACUACAAGAUUUACUCUUGUGAUACCAUGACUCCUCGUUUCAAGGACUACCACACCCGUCUCCAGACAUUUAUUCUCUGGUUUAUUGAUGCUGCAUCAUAUAUAGACAUUGAUGAUGAAAGAUGGCAUUUCUAUUUGCUUUUUGAGAAGUCUAAGGAAGCAGGUGAUGCUCAGUACAGCAUUGUGGGCUACAUGUCUGUCUAUCAUUACUAUGCUUACCCGGACAAGAUGAGGCCCAGAGUCAGUCAGAUGUUGAUUCUUCCACCGUUCCAGAAAUGUGGACAUGGAGCUGAGUUGCUGCGGACUGCGGAUGAGCAGUACAUCACUAACCCACAAGUUCUUGACAUAACAGUUGAGGAUCCAUCGGAGGACUUUGUCAGACUGCGGGACUAUGUUGACUGCUUGGCUUGCUCCAAACUUGACUGUUUCUCCCCGGACAAGCUGCGAGCUGGCUUCACCGAUAGCAUGGCAGAGGAGGCUCGCAAGGCCAGGAAAAUUAGCAAGUUGCAGUGCCGUCGAGUUUACGAGAUUCUGCGUCUGAAGGUGACGGACCGUAGUAACACCGCCGAGUACCGCGACUACCGUCUCGACAUCAAGAAACGACUCAACAUGCCUUACCAGAAGCAAAAGUCAGACCUCGACAAGUUACAGAAGGUGUUGUCAACCGAGGAAAUGAGCGCGGCAAUGUCGCUGCAAUCCCGACACGAGCGCCUGCAACAACUUGAUCAGACGUACUUGGAAGUCGAGGAAGGGUACAUGAAAACGCUUGAGCGCCUUGCUGCAGCUUGAACACACACUGUCUCGCCCGACAGUGCUGAAUAACGUUUGCGCAUGCGCGUGUUCUGGCGAAAACAAAACAAAACAGAAUCUCAGUGUUGAAUCGUUCGGGUAAAGGUACGAAAGGCUGACUUCGGUCACUGUUUUGACUUACUGUACAGCAUUAAAACCAUGCUGUACAAAAGAUGACAGAUGUUUGAUAAUGAGGGAGUCAGAAAGAAAAUUUUAGCCUUAGGUUUGAUCUAGUUUUCUUAGCAUUCGCCAAAAUGUGACAGUUCGCCGGUAAAACGCCGCCAUUUCAAAACAAAAAGGCUGGUUUAACCGCGCGGUACUGGAACUAGUCUUGCGUUUUUCAGCACUGUCGUCUCGCCCUUGAUGACCUGAACGAUCGCUCACCGUUUUUCCCUUAAUACAACGAAAUAGUUUUAAGGCUGAUUUAGACAGCACGGUUUAGUCGUAUGCGACCUGCCCGCGACACCUCUACUCGACUACGAAAGUCGUAGUGUGUAAUUCAGAACUAGGAGAUGUUGAAGGCAAGUUAGAAUACGACUAAAUUAUUUUGUCCAUAUCAGCCCAUAGGCCCUCCAUCUUUGGGGGGGUUGCGGGAAUACCAUUGGGCGCCUUACCAUUGGGCGCCUUACCAUUGGGCGCCUUACAUAUUUACACAACGUGGUACACGCACACACAAAAAACUGAAUAAGGACAUUUGAACACCAUCUCUUUUGUAGUAUUGGGAUCUUAGGUGUUAAGGUUGGAAUGUGUUACACACAAGAAAGAUUGUCAUAGGAAUAAUCCUGGAUUGUAGCAUAAACUCAUACUCAGAUACAGUGAUAGGUAGUAUUUUUAACUGCUCACUUGUAAUAGUCUGAGAGCUGUUGCUCUAGCUACCCCAACUAAAGCGCUAGCUAAUCCAGCUAACACCAGCUUCUUGUAUACUAUUAGUAAAAGUUAAGCAUUUUUGAUGAAUUAAAUAAAAUUGAAACUUUCUA